GCGUCAGUCUGUCAGUAGUUAAAACAGGAUGGUUAUGAAACAUGAACAGUGAUACUUAUUAUCUCAAAUCAUAUGUUAAUAUAUUUUGAGAUAUGCAACAGUUUGAAAAGAUUGCAAGAGACAAUGCCGGGGAGUCACUUUAGCUCCCGACACUGCAUGUGUACAGAAGUGAAUCCUAUUGGUGAUGUUGAGAAAGUAUUUUGAGGCAUGUUUUCUCAACACUUCAAAUAAUAAGGGUAGCAUCACUUUCAGAUGUGUAAAGCGUCAUUGUCACAAUUUGAUCUUCUAUUUUUAUGGAUAGUUUUGAUUGAUUCAUCGUGAUCAAGGAGACACAUUUAGAAGAAAUCAAUAGAAUAGCACUUUGCUUCAAAGUCCAAUGACCGAUAGCCUACAGAACAGAUUAUGAAAAUACUGAGGUUGACUAGAGGCUGGUUGACUUACAUAAUCAUAAUAUUCAUCAUAACUUAACCAGACACUCUGUAGAACUUGUUUCUAAGAGCCUGGAGUGACUUCAUGUGAGCACUGUUGUAGUGUUUAUCAAACUUUGGAUUGAGUAAUGUAUAGCAAGGUCUCCUGCCAUUAGAAAUGUAUUUACCACGUUUACGGACAAGAGGAUAGAAGUUGCAGUAUAGUGUGUGUAAAAUGCUUGUUCGUGCCAGCCUUUUCAAUAUUCGGAGCAGACGUCUUGUCUGGUGCCAUGGUGGCAGCCAUGCCUGCUUCUCGUCCCAGGGUGGUCGACAGAAGCUGGUGGUGCUGGGCACCGGGUGGGGCAGUUACAGUGUGCUGAAGAACAUCAACAAGAAACUGUAUGACGUCAUUGUUGUCAGUCCCAGAAACCACUUCCUGUUCACGCCUCUCCUGGCCAGCACUACUGUCGGCACUCUCGAGUUCAGGUCGAUCAUCGAACCAAUUCGCAAUACCGGAUUCCGUCAGUCAGCUCACUUCCACCUUUCCCGGGCCGCUGACCUUGACCUUGAGAAGAAGGCCCUUUUCUGUGAGAGCGGGGUGAAGUCCAGUCUCAACUACUGGCUACAGUUUGACAAACUAGUGAUUGGGGUGGGAGCUCUCAGCAACACCUUCAACGUUCCCGGAGUAGCGGAGCAUGCUUUCUUCCUAAAGGAAGUUGGUGAUGCUAGAAGGAUCCGUAAUCGCAUCUUGAACAACUUUGAGCUUGCUGUGCAGCCUGGGAUUGAUGAGAGUGAAGCACGACGACUUCUUCACAUCGUCAUUGUUGGAGGGGGCCCAACUGGUGUGGAGUUCGGAGCCGAGUUGUACGACUUCGUGCAGCAGGAUGUGAUGUAUCUGUACAAGCAGCAGCAGCAGCUGGUCAAGGUGACACUGGUGGAGUCCAACCAGAUCCUGGCAUCAUUCGAUGAGAGGCUUCGCAACUUUGCCACCAAGAAGAUCCAAAACAGAGACCGCUUUGAUAUGGUCCAGUCUUCUGUUACAGAGGUGAAGGAGGACAGUGUGACCCUGGCUGAUGGUCGUGUUAUUCCGUGCGGACUGGUGGUGUGGAGCACAGGACUGGCACCGCGGCACUUCACACGCAGUCUCAAGGUGGAGAAGAACAGUCGUGGACAGAUUUUGACUGAUCGCUACCUGAGAGUACUGAAGACCCCUGGUGGCGAUGCCCUGGAGGACGUGUUUGCCCUGGGGGACUGUGCCGACAUCAAGGACGUGUCUCUGCCAUGCACAGCUCAGGUGGCGGAGCGGGAGGGGCGCUACCUGGCCAACUUCCUCAACAAGAAAUGUGCCGAGGAUGUGGGAGAGUUCAAGUUCACCAGUAUGGGGAUGCUGGCAUACAUCGGGGACUAUCAGGCUCUGUCAGACACACCCAACAUCAAAAUACAAGGGUUUCCCUCAUGGCUGCUGUGGCGCUCGGCCUACCUGACCCGGCUGGGCAGCUGGCGACUGAGGAUGCAGGUGCCCCUGGACUGGACCAAGACUCUCCUGUUUGGGAGGGACAUCUCCAGAUUUGACUAGAUCAGACAGUGUGCCUUAGCAGUAGGAUCAAUCAGUGCAAUUAUUUGGUGAUCAGCACCCGUCCAUGAGAUCGCUCCUGAUUAUAAUUAGAACUUGUUGGAAGUAUCUCAUUGUGACUCUGCCAUGACAUUGAAGAAUGCUUGAUUCUGAUUGGUUAUUAAGAUGUAUUCUUUUUACUACUGAAACCUCUUUCAAAUUAAGCCUUUUUACACAAAAACUGUGUAUGAAUACAUUCAAUAGCCUAUAUAUCGAUCCAUAAAAAAUGGCUGCCAAUGAUCCAUCUGAACUGUAUAACGUAUCCACUAUUAGACGCCAUGUCUACAUGAUACACACAUGCCUGUAAUAGAUGACAGGUCAACAACUCUCACAAAAUUAAUAGACAACCGUGUAUCUAGUACGUGUAGAGGAAAUACAGUACGGUUGAUAUUGGAUAUUUUUGGUGGCGGUUUUGACGUCCUAGGCCGUAACUCUCUGACCCACUUACACUCCUGAUUUUGAUUAGAACCUUGUAUCUCAUUGUGAACUGUGACUUGAAGAGCCUUACCACACUGGAAAGUCCCACAAAGUUACUUCUGUGGCGAGUGUUUAAAUGGAGUCCAGGCUGAGACUGGUCCUUCAGCAUGAUACAGAUGUUUGUACAGCUGCCCGGACCUGUAACAGCUUCACCAGCUUCUCUUUCACAGGUCUUUCAGGAAUUUAUUUAGAGGCCGACAUUCUAUAGGCUGUAGCCUGUUGCAGUAAAGUCCCAAAGUAGACUUCAUGUUAGUAUACUUUUUGUAGUGAAGACUUAGCUCACGCUUUCAUAAAAAUAUCCCCCUAAAUACUCAUGAUUCCUAACUUGUUUUGGUUCAGUAGAGUUAUGUUUCUGUUUUAUUCCUUUGUUCCAAAACAGGACAAGUAUUAAAAGAGGAAGAAGCUUUGAUGCUUACUUUUACACUAUUGUAUUGAAUGUGAUGUAAAAUACAUGUGAUACCUCUGAAUGUGAGAAAAAAACAAACCUUUUGAACCAAAGAAAAUUACUUUUGGCCUGCCUAGAAUAUUGGGAUUUGGGAUCCUAGAUCAAACUCACUCACAUUACAUGAGGAUUAUCCAUGUCGAUUAUCUUCAGACAAGCAUCCUAUAUUUUGUCUUAAAGUAUUUUGUUCCAUUGUCCCUGUGAAGAUCAUUUAUUGAUCAUCUGUAUGAAACACCACAAAACACGCAGAUGUCAGCCUUGAAUAAUGUAGCAGUUGUGCAAUACGUUUUAUUCAUUAUCAUGAUUUUGUUUGUGUGAAAGAUUUGUCCUACAAGCUCAUCCAGAGUCGAGUUGCUGCUCUUAUUUGUGGAAUGUCAAAAAGUUUCUCUCAGCCAUUAGAGGUGUUUACAUUGUGAGUCAUUGUUUCAAUCAUGAAUGUUAACAAUCUACCCUGAUGAUAUUCCCUCUGUGUGAUGAUCUGUCAACCCCUCCAUAGGAGGCUGCGCCCAGUGUACUUUCUUACCCAUCUUCGAAGAUCCGGUUAGAAUAGAUCUUAAGCAAGCCAUGCUUGUCGUGAGAGGCGGAUGGUCAGGCCUGCUGACUUGGUUGAUCAUGUCAUCAUAUCCCAAUUGCGUGGAUCGAUGUUCAUAUCAGUCACUGAAUUGUCUGAUCCAGAUUCGAUUUUUUAGUGCAGCACUAAACAAACCACACAAAACUUUCUUACCACAUAUGGGUGAGCGAAGCAUUCAGUGUAGCACAUUUGAUUCUUGUGUCUUGAAAAUGAACUUGAUUGAUCAGUUCGAAAUAUAAAUGAUAAAGGCUGGGCCAUUAUACAUGAUUUGGAUUGGAUUUAAUUGGAUUGAAUUCACUCCGGUUUAACCCAAUGCAACCUUCUAUGGAGGUGUUAGAUCUUCAGGCAGAGAGGUAUCAUAUCAGUAUACAUCCGACCUUGGAGCACCUUGUGGGCUGUGGUCAGGGUGGGCCUUUGACCUGUGGCCAGGGAGAAGGAUAACCUGGCACAACACAGGACCAUUUGCAGGGACCGGGAGUCAACGGGUGAACCAAGUUCUGUCAGCAUAUGAUGUGACGUGUACAUCUCGGUCACUGAUCUAAAGCAGAGAUAGACGUGUUAGUCUGAGACAGUGAAACUCCAGAGGGACUAGUUAUUUUCUCAAAAACCGAUACCAGUCCAAAAAGAUCUGUGGUCUAGCUAGAUUUGACAAAUGGUGUCAACCACUGUAAAGCUGACCAGUGCAGUGACCAUAUGAUUUAGUUUUAAUAAUUUGAGAAUAUAUUUGUAUAAUAUUUAAAUGAGAAUCAUAUCUCAGGUUAUCCUAAUUGGCAUAUUUAUCUAUUUACAUAGAGUAUGUUAAUUUCGUAAUUGUUUACCUCAUAUACAAAAAUAAAAUAUUUAUCUUA